UCCGUACCUAACGAUGCGCACUUAAUCGGCACUUGCCAUCGCCGACGCGAUGGAGCUCGAGAUCCAUGUGCGCCGAGCGCGGAACCUGACGUUCGCCGCGUCCUCCGUUGACCCGGCGGCGCUGGAGCUGCGCAUCCAAUGCUCCGUCAACGGCGACCUCCGGAGCAGCGGCAGCGGCAAGCGGUCGUCGUCCAAGGGCUUUGACGGCUACGUCUGGCGCGGCGACGCCGGUGUGCUGCGGUGGCACCUCUCGCUCACCGACUUUCGCCGCCUCAAGAGCAUGCGCCCAACGCUCAAAAUCUACGUCUUUGGCAUUGGCGCCCAGGUUCAUACGCUCGGCUGGUUCUUCCUCGACUUACGGACACCCGACACGGCGCUGCGCUGGGUCAAAAUCCUCAACUCCAAGCACCACGGCGAAGUGUACGUCAAGAGCCAACUCGCCAAGGCGAGCGUGGCGCCUGCACCAUCGACGCCGCAGGCCUUACCUGCCACCGCCGUGACCACCACCGAGCCCAUGGCGACCGAGGCUCCCGAGUGCCUGGUGGUCGGACCAAUCGAGACAGCGACCGACGUCUUCCUCCUCACCGUCACCUUGGUCAACGCACGCGAGAUGACGGCCAUGAUCACGAAAUUGCUUCAGAAAUCGUCGCCGAAUGAGAUCGCCGCCAUCAAGAGCGCGGGCUUCUGGCUCGCAUACUCGCUCUUUGACGUCCUCGUACAAAGCGACGCGUUCACGUCGCUCGAGUCGGCCAGCUUUGGGCUUCUCCGCGGCGUCUUUCGGCUCCAGAGCUCGCUGGGAUUCCUGCGCGAGCACACGCUGGCGACGCCCCUGCCUCUCUUCCUCUGCACGGUCGACCGCAUCCUCGGGCGUGUCGAAAUGCCGCUGCGCACGCUCGCCGAGCUCGACUUGCCCGCGCACGCCGAAGGCAGCUACCCGUUUGAGCCCUCCCACGCGACCAAAGGCACGCCAUUGGGGGUCGUGGACGUCGCGCUGGAUCUCGUGCUCGAAGCUCCGACCAGCGUAGAGCCAGAAGUCGCGGUCGCGGUCGAACCAACGCCGUUGCGGAGUGCUUUUUACGGCAACAUCGACUACUUGGAGCUCCAUCAUCACCAGCAUCUGGACACGGAUGGCGGUAUGCUGGAGCUCACGACAUCCAGCUCGGACGAGAGCCUUCGCGCCCCGAUGAUCGUGGCGGAGCACCGAGAUGCGGUGCUAAUGUGGACGGACGGGCUCUCUUGGCUCUCGCCUACGGCCCGUGACGACGUGACCGUCACUGUCGGCGAGGUGCAAGUGCACGCGACCUUAUUGCACGACGUGCACUCGGCCGUGCUUUACGAAGACGACGGUCGCGCUGUGGGUACCAUCUUUUACAGCUACACCUCCGAAGUGCCACCGCCAUCAACCCUCGAGCGCCCCGGGUCCCCACUCGUGCUCGUGCUCCAAAUUCUCUCGAUCAAAGCCACGAGUCACUGGGACACGACCAGUACCCCGGUGCACGUUGCGUUCGAACCUUCCCUCGUCGAGACCAAGAGCGGCCCUCGCUUGUCGACAUCUCGCAUCUCACUUCGCGCAAAAGAAGACGUCGACGUCGAGGCGGCCAAGACGGUGUUUUGCCACGUGCAAGCAUCGCAGCUCCAACGGCCGUGGCAGCUGCAUCUCGAGACGACCGCCCACGAGAGCAUCGCGGUCGCUACGCUCAGCCUCGCGUACCUCGGUAUGCUCAAGCAGAGCCAGCGCUGCGACCUCUGUGGCGAGCUUCUUGCAGAAGAUACCGACCACGCCCACGACGGCGCGCCACAAAGCGUCACAACCUUUACGUACUGCGAAGUCUACGUACCGGCCGUGCGCCCCGGCUCGGACACGGCCGCAGCCACCUUGCACGUUGUGGCCACACUGCAAGACAAGUACCCGAUCGCGCCAGUGUACCCCCCGCCCCUUGCGAGCCCCCGCCCAGUGGUGACGCCCAGGCCUCUGCAAGCCAAGCCUGUCCAGCAGACCCAUCACGACGACGCCAUGGUCGCGACAGAUGACGUAUCGCCGACGACUCGAGUCGGGGUAGUAGCACCCGGACCAGCCUUGAGGACGCCAGAUACAACAAACGCGACAAUAGCAUGCACAUGUGCGGCAACGCUCGCCGCCGAGAAGCGCGUUCUCGCAGAAAAGCAGCGCGAGCUGCAGGCGACGCACCACCGACGCAUGGAAGCGCUGGAAGCCGAGUGGGCAAGUCGCGAGAAAGACCGCGUCCAAACGGUGCGCGUCGCGCAGCACGAGUACAUGGCUCUCGAGACCGAGCUGCGCAAGACAUUGGCCGAGCUUGAGCAGCGCGAACGGCGCCUCGCGCACGCCGAAGAGUCGGCGCGGCUUCAGAGCGAGCUCCAAAAGCAAGAGACCGAGGCCAACGAGCGCCGGGUGAAGCGAGAGACGUCGGCGACGCUGCAGAGCAUGGAGGCGCAGCUCGAGCGCCUUCACGUCGAAUUGCGGGCGAUGCAAGGUCGGGCCGAACGGGCCGAAGCGCGCGCCACCUCGCUGGAGCAAGACAUGACGACGGUCCGCGCCGAGCUGCGCAAGAGCCCCGAGCAUGCCCUUCGGCAAGAAGUCGUGCGCUGCGAAGCGACCAUUGCGUCCCUCGAGAAGCGGCUACGCGACAUGGACCUCGAGAAAGCCAAAGCGGACGCGACACAAAUGGAGCUCGUCGCGCAAGUCGAGCGACUCACGCUGCUCCUGCAGCGCGAGAAGCGCAAGCAAGAAGACGAGAAAGCGAGUGAAAUCGACAAGCUCCGGCUCAAAUACCGGGCGCGCGAGGAGCGGUUUGUCUUGGACGGCGACCGCGAAGAGCUCCGAGCCAUCAAGAAGCAGCUCGAUCUGCUCCGAGAGGUGAGCGGGCGCGAUGUGCAUCCCGAGGUCACGCGCCUUCAGCGGGAGAAGGACGACCUAAUGCAGCGAGGCGGGUACGCCGCCGACAGCCCCGUCAUCGUCGAGCUUGAUCGCCGCAUUUUGGCGGCUCGAAACACGGGUCUUCGACGACCGUAGCUAAUAGCACAUUUGUCAAAGGCUUUUUGUUUUCUUAGUGUCCCUAAAUGUACUCGCCCAUGCGUG